AUGUCCUAUGCAUUGCAGGCACAGGGAUGGGCAAUUAAAGCCUUAAAGUACCGCGCUGUUGCAGUCAGUCCUGAACAAAUCAUGAAACCAAACAGCGAUUUUGAAAAGCUUCUGAAGGACCCAUUGUUCGCUUCUUACCUUGUAGGUAUCAUCAUUGAUGAAGCCCACUGUAUCAUGGAAUGGGGCGAGUUCUGUCCAGAAUACCGAGAAUUGGGCCGCCUUCGUUACAUCUUACCAGCAACUGUAUCAAUCAUGAUCGCUUCCGCUACCCUCACGAAAGCCUCCUUGACACAUACCACCUGGCUUCUUCACAUGCACGCUGACAAAAUGGUCACCAUACGUCGCUCAAGUGACCGCCCAAACAUUAAAAUUGGAGUCAGAAAAAUUAAGUACGCACUCAAUAGCUAUUGCGAUCUUGCUUUCCUCAUCCCGACGGGCUGGAAGGAUGGUAACCCCCCCCCCCCCCACCAAAAUGCUAUCAAUGCAACUCGAUACCUGCGCAAACGCUUACCUCCGGAUAUGCAAGAUAAAAUUAAGUGGUUCAACGCGGUGUAG